GAAAAAUGACCCUGUAACUGAUAUGUCACUAUGUAUUACAAUAUUAGAUUGUUAAUGCCAAUGCAUUAAUAUGUAAGCAGCACUUUACUGUUGUAGAUGGUCGAGGUGGAGUUAGUUUUAACUAUAAAAAGUUAGUUAUUUUAUGUAAAAUCUUAAUCUGAAAAGUAAAUAGUAAAUACAGCUGUUGUGGAGUGUAGUGGAGUAAACAAUGUUUCCCUCCAAAAUGUGUGGGAGUAGAAGUAGAAAGUGGCACUUCUUAACCAUGUUGCAUAUUUACAGUGACUAGCAGAGCAAUUAAUGAGGACGGUCUAUAUAAUUAAACUGUAACAUACGGAUGAAGCUGCACCAUAAGGACUCUUUGGGCUGCAACCACAGGUCGGAUCCUUAUAAAAGGACACACUACAGUUGAUCCCUGGCUCCCAUAUUGAAACAGUAAUUUGAUAGUUGAUUGUUCACAGUGAAGGAGAGUCAAGUCUUGACAACUUCAGCAGGCAAAGAUCCUUCCAUUUCUGCAGAACAUCUGAUGAAACUUUUAUAAUUUGAGACAGUGGACUUAAAUUUUCAACCAAUGAGUAACGCUUUUCGCAGGAGAACAAGGUGCAGGGACAACGCAUGAAACACCUUGACACAGUCUAAUUACAGGAAGCCUCUUUACCUCUGCAGUGAUGGUGCGUUUUUACACGCUGUGGAUGGGAACUCUCCUCCAGUUUUGUCAUGCAACGAUUUACACCAAUGACUGGGCGAUAAGAAUAAGAGCUGACCGUGAGUCUGUCAACAGGAUAGCAGAGAAAUAUGGAUUUACUAACAUGGGUCAGAUUGGAGACCUGAAGAGUUAUUACAGUUUUCGACACCACGAGACAGCAAAGCGGUCCACUGUGUCCAACAAAGAGGUGACUGGUGGCAUUGCCAAGGAGACCAAGGUGGAAUGGCUCCAACAGCAGGUGGUCCAGAGAAGAGCAAAGAGGAACUCCAGAGCCAGUCACAUCUACUCCAUUGACACGAAGACCAAACACCUUCCCACUGCUCAUCCUCAGUCCAGCAGCACCUGGACACUGCACUGUAAUGACUCAAUGUGGAACAGCCUGUGGUACAUUCACAGCAGCGAUGAGUCCAAAGACUGCCAGUCUCGUAUGAAAAUUGCUGGGGCCUGGAGGAGAGGGUAUACUGGGAAGGGUGUGGUGGUGUCUGUCCUAGAUGAUGGCAUUGAGAGAGAGCAUCCGGAUCUGAAGCCAAAUUAUGAUCCACUCGCCAGUUAUGAUGUGAACGGACAAGACCAAGAUCCGUCUCCGAGUUAUUCCAACAAUGCCUCCAACUACCAUGGGACUCAAUGUGCAGGGAUGGUUGCUGCGGCUGCAAAUAACUCUCAGUGCACAGUUGGAGUCUCUUUCCACGCACGGAUAGGCGGCAUCCGUAUGCUGGAUGGAGAUGUGACAGACAUUGUGGAGGCCCAAUCACUGAGCUUCAGACCACAGUAUAUUGAUGUCUACUCAGCUAGCUGGGGGCCAGAAGAUGACGGGGCCACUUUGGAGGGACCUGGGCCUCUGACUCGUCUUGCUUUACAGAAUGGCAUCAAAACAGGCCGGCAUGGGAGGGGCUCUGUUUUUGUCUGGGCAGCAGGGAACGGAGGGCGAAGAGGUGACCACUGUUCCUGUGACGGCUACGGCAACAGUAUCUACACUAUCUCCAUCAGCAGCAGCACUCAGAGUGGAAGCCAGCCAGAUUAUCUGGAGCAGUGCUCCUCCACACUUGCAACAGCUUACACUGGUGGGGAGACAGAGGAAAUGGUAACGCUGGGUCCACAGCAGAGUUGUAGCCAUGCUAAAUCAGAAACCUCCCUCUCCUCCUCCAUGGCUGCAGGUGUCAUUGCUCUCACUUUGGACGCCAACCCCUUGCUAACCUGGAGGGAUGUGCAGCACAUUAUUGUCCGAACAUCAAAAGCUCAUCAUCUUACUGCUGCUGACUGGCACGUUAAUGGAGCCGGAUUCAAAGUGAGCCACCUGUAUGGCUUUGGCCUGCUGGAUGCUGAGAGCAUGGUGAAGGAGGCUGAGCGUUGGAAACAAGUUCCCUCACAGCAUGAGUGUGUGGAGGAGGCUCCCAUCCAGCUGAGCAGAACUAUUCAUCCAGGCUCGGUGCUGACGUCUGUGUAUGAGAGCGCGGGCUGCUCUAGCAAGCCCCUGCAGCACGUUGUUUAUGUGGAGCAUGUCGUUGUCCGUGUUACCAUCGCUCACAGUCGUCGCGGCGACCUUUCCAUUACGCUCACAUCACCUUCAGGCACCGUGUCGCAGCUGCUAGCCAACAGGCCUCUUGACGACUCCACUGAGGGAUUUCAGAACUGGGAAUUCAUGACAACUCACUGCUGGGGGGAGCAGGCAGCAGGGGAAUGGACUUUGAAAAUCCAGGAUACUCUCUCUCAGAAGAGAGACAACACUGAACUAGGGACACUAAAGGAGUGGUCUCUAGUGAUUUAUGGCACCACAGAGCAGCUGUAUCCCAUGCAUCAUGCGCGAGCCCGAUCGGCUGAGAUACCAAUGGAUAGUGACCUCACUGAAGAAUAUAGUGGACCCUGCGACCCAGAAUGCAGUGACGAUGGCUGUGAGGGGCCCAGCCCGCAGCAGUGCGUCACGUGUUUACACUUUUUUCUCAAGUUCAAGAACAACACAAGGAUGUGCGUAUCAGAGUGUCCCAGGGGAUUCUGGGGCGACCGCUGGCGUUGUAAGAGGUGCUACUCCUCCUGUGAGAGCUGCACUGGGAGUCGCAGUGACCAGUGCACUUCCUGUCAACCUGGUCAUCACCUGACUGAGGGGACCAAUAUCUGCACAGCCAUCUGUGGGGAUAACUACUACCUCGACCAUGAUGCAAAUAUGUGCAGAAAGUGCAGUGAAAACUGCUUGAAGUGCACCUCCUACAGCAUCUGCACAGAAUGCAAACCAGACACAAGUCUGCAGGGGAAUCGGUGCCAGCAAAGCUGCGCAGUGGGUUUCUACCAUGACAAGCAGGAAGGCACAUGCAAGCCCUGUCAUAAGGCCUGCGCUACCUGUGCAGGUGCAGGUGUUGAGGCAUGCAACCGUUGUGCAGAAAGCUACUUGAUGGAGGAGUGGAAAUGUGUGUCCUCCUGCAGUGCUGGCUUUUACGCCACAGAGCCAAGCCCAGAGAUAGCUGAUGGGCACAGGAUAUGUAGGAGGUGUGACGCCAGCUGUCUCACCUGUGUGGGGCCGAGCCAGGGGAACUGCAGCAGCUGUUCCAGCGGUCACAGCCUGCAGGAGGGAGUGUGUGUUGUUAACACUGAGUGCACAGACGGAGAGUACCAGGACAGUAACGGAAGGUGCCACGCGUGUGAUGCAACGUGCCUGAAGUGCACAGGGCCGCAAAGAGAAGACUGCAUCAGCUGUGUUUCUUCACGGGCUCUGGAUGAGGGUUGCUGUGUGGUGGAAUGUGCUAAGGGCAAGUACCAGUCAGGUGGCCAGUGUCACCUGUGUGACCACACCUGUGCCACCUGUGUGGAUGCAGGGCCUGCCAACUGUACCAGCUGUGACACUGAUAAGUUUGAAAUGGAGCGUUACCUUUAUAAAGGCCAGUGUCUGGACGCCUGUCCUGAGGCCUUCUACCACACCAAGGAGAGGAGCUGUGAGCCCUGCUCGGACAGCUGCCAGCUCUGCACAAGCCCCACCCACUGCCUCAAGUGUAACUCCUCCUACUACGUCUCUGAUGGAGUGUGUGCAAAGCUGGAGUGUGGAGAAGGGGAGGUGGAGGAUCCAGAUUACGACGACUGCAUGGCCUGUGAGGAGGGCUGCAAGAAGUGCGUCUUGUAUAACCCCAGGCAUUGCCUGUCCUGCACUGAGGGCUUUUACAAUUUUCAGGAUGGCUGCUACAAAAACUGCCCGGCUAAGACAUACAGUGUGGAGGAGGAGAUGACCUGCGUUCCAUGUGAUGACAACUGUGUGAGCUGUGAUGAACAUGAGUGCUACUGGUGUGAGACCGACCUCUUCUUAUCAGAGGGGAGUUGUGUUUCAGUGUGUCCUGAUGGUUUCUAUGGCGACGAAGACACCAAUGACUGUGAGGAGUGUCACUCAGACUGUGUGACAUGUAGCGGCCCGGAGGACGAUGACUGUCUGUCGUGUGAGAUGGGGAAGAUGCUAGAAAACGAAGAGUGUGUGUCUGACCAUGAGGUCUGUCCCAUUAAGACCUUUCGCAGCGAUGACGGAGAGUGUGAGGACUGCCACACAUCCUGUGAGUCCUGCUCUGGAGAAGAGAAGAACCAGUGUACAAAAUGUGCAAAAGGGCAGUUUCUGACCACACAGCAAACAUGUGUGUCAAAGUGUCCAGGGGGUUUCUUUGCCAGUUGGCUGAGUGGUGUGUGUGAGGCCUGCCCUCCAGGCUGUUUGCAGUGUGUGGACGCUCAGCACUGCACCCGCUGUCAGAGCACACGUAAAGCUCAGUUAUUCCUACAGGAUGGACAGUGUGUCCAACAGUGUGUCAGGGGUUAUCCUGCAGGCCAGGUGUGUCAUAGCUGUGCGCCGGGCUGUGCGUCCUGUGGGAAGAACGCCACCCACUGCCUCAUCUGUGAAGAACCUCUCCUCCUACACAAGCACCAGUGUGUGGAGGAGUGUCCUCCAGCACACACUCUCCGGGACAGGGAGUGCCAACACUGCCCCUCAGCCUGUCAGGAGUGCAACCCACUCGGGCAGUGCACAGGCUGUGAGGAGUAUCACUUUCUCCAUGAGGGCCUCUGCGUGUUAGACUGUCCCAAGAGGUUCUUUGAGGACAAAGAGCAAAGGGAGUGUUUACGUUGCCACCCUAACUGUGCUUUGUGUGACGGCCCGAACAACAAUGACUGCGAUGCCUGUAUGGACCCUGAGGCCACUCUGCACAAUGGGGCAUGUGUGUCAGCCUGCCCCUCCCACACCUAUAGAGAGAGUAUAACAGGAGAAUGUAAAGACUGUGAUGCAUCUUGCCUCACCUGCUUUGGGCCCCACGCUGGCUUCUGCACCAGCUGCAGAGAGGAUCAAAGGCUAGAGGGCGACGGCAAUUGUGUGCCGUCAGCCAACAAGUGCUUGCCUCGCCAGUACGCAGACCAAAACGGGGAAUGCCAUCCGUGUCACAAAUACUGCCACAGGUGUUCAGGUCCCGGAAAGACUCACUGCCUGAGCUGCAACCAGAGACAUCUCCUGCUCAAUGGCACCUGUGUGGAUGAAUGCCCCACAGGCUACUAUGACGAUGAGUCGGGGCAGAAAUGUGAACCGUGCCACCCUUCCUGUCAGUCCUGCGUUGGAAAGCACAGCCACGAGUGCCUCGUCUGUAAAACCCACCUCUUUCGAGAGGGCAAGGGGUGUGUGGAGACCUGCCAGCACAGUCACUAUGGAAACACAAGCUCAAGGAUGUGUGAGAAGUGUGACCCGAGUUGCGGUGAGUGUAUGGGGGACGGGGAGGACAGCUGCCUGAGCUGCAUUUUGGGUCUCAUCUACUUGCGAAAAGAAGGCCGUUGCCUCCCCUCUUGCCCUCAGGGAUACUCCCACGACGCUGUGCACAGGACCUGCGAGCCCUGCCACGCCAGCUGCAGAACGUGCUCAGGAAAAUAUUCCCAUUCCUGUGACUCGUGCUACCCUGGAUACCAGCUCUCAGAUGGCCUGUGUGAAUCCAUGUGCAACAUAGGCCAGUAUCCUGUAAUAAAGGGUUCAGGCCACACUUGUGAAGACUGCGACAGCUCCUGUCUGGAGUGUCGGGGGCCUGGUCCAGCCAACUGCACCAUGUGUCCUAGUCAGGCCAUCUUAGAAGCUGGGGGGCGCUGUCUGCUUUGUUGCCGCCAUGAGGAGGAGGAGGAGGAGGAGGAGGCCUCAACACAGCAGCAGGACUGUUGUAACUGCACUGAGACUCGAGGAGAAUGCGUCCUCAGCACCAACUUGGCGUUCAGGAAUGAGGAGGAAGAGGAGGCCGGAGGUAACCUGGCAGUCUUCAUCAUUGCCUGCAUCCUGUUGGUGCUGGGACUGGUGGCUGUCGUCCUCCUUGUCAGACACUCCCGCUCCAAGAGUGCGCCCCCAGACAUCACUCCCCGCGGCUACGAGAAGCUGGGCUCAGGCGGGGGAUACGGAGGCGGCAGCAGACACGGUGGCUACAGCUCUGCUUCCUCUGCGUCUUACAGCGGCCGCACCAGCUCCUCUGGCAGUCGGUUCCAGGAGACUCAGUUGGUUGACAUCGUUGAAUGUCGCUCAGGGAGUAAGGAUGAUGACGACGAUGAUGAUGACGAUGAGGACAUUGUUUACAUGGGCAAGGAUGGCACUGUGUACAGGAAGUUCCGGUACGGACAGCUGGGAGAGGACAACGAGGACGAGCUGGAGUACGAUGAUGAGAGCUACACGUUCCGUUGAAGCAUAAGAAUUUAUUUCUCCUUUCUCUUCUGGAUUCCUCCCCUUUCUCUCUCUCUCUCUCGCUUAUUCCUUCCUCUGUGCUGUUUGUCUCCUCCUGCCCUGAGGGACGCCCCCUUUAUCCUUCACUGAAUAUGAGUUGAACCAAAUGAGACAUGAGAAGCUAUUUAUAAUGAGCUGCAUUUUACAACUGCUAUCCAUUCACAAAAUGAAAUGUGCUGCAGAAACAUUCCCUGUUGUUUAGCAUUCUUAAGGACUUUUUACAUAAUUAAGCUUGAUUUCUAGACUUGGUUUGGAGUAUGAUGACUUCCCGCAUAUAUAACAUAUUUUAUUAUGGGCACUGUCUAGUUUUGACAGUUUCAUUAAUCAUAUUAUUCAUCUUUUUAAUUGUUGUGGUGUUGGAUUAGCAUUUUAAAUUUGAUUAAUCAUGGUAUUUCGUUUGCUUUUCUAUAUUCCCAAAUGUUAGCUGUUAUUGAAUUUUAAUUUGAAAAUGUGUUAUUCUGUUCAAAUAAAGUCUUGAAAAAAAUG